AGAAAUCUAAAAGUUCGAAUAAAAUUGGACUAACAAAAUGCAAUUAUAAGAACCUAAAUUUAAUUCCAGUGACGGGCAAGACAGGAACUAACAAAUGGAAAUUGCUACAUUCUCUGCAUCAUCGCUCUUCUCCGAAGAUGAUGAUGACAUUCAGAAAACUGACGAAAACGCAGAGACUCAGGAAACCUAUGUUGAGAGGAAGCAUCAGUUUCCUGGAAUGGAGUUGAUUAUCCGAGAGUUUUCUUUUCAUCAACUGAAUGCUAAUUUGCUCUGGCCAGGAACUUUUGCAUUUGCGGAAUGGUUAGUUCAACACAGAUCAUGCCUUGAAGGACGGCGUACCAUUGAGUUGGGGAGUGGCACUGGUGCUUUGGCCAUAUUUCUUCAAAAAUCAUAUAAUCUUGAUAUCACAACUUCAGAUUAUGAUGAUCAAGAAAUACAGGAGAACAUAGCUCACAACUGCCGUGCAAAUGAUUUACCUGUCAUUCCUCAUAUAAAACACACCUGGGGAUACAAGUUUCCAAAUCCUGACCCUGAUUGGGACCUGAUCAUUGCAAGUGACAUCUUAUUGUAUGUGAAACAAUAUGCAAAUUUGAUACAGACCAUUUCAUUUCUUCUCAAAAGUUACAGGCACAGAAACAGGACUAAAGUUUCUCCAACAGGGAAUAAUGAGAACCAUGGAGAUGUAGUGUUGCCUUGGCCAGCCUUUCUGAUGAGCUGGAGACGUAGAAUUGGAAAGGAAGACGAAUCGAUUUUCUUUGAUGGUUGUAAGAAAGCUGGUCUAGAAGUGAAGCAUAUUGGAUCGCGUGUAUAUUGCAUAAGUCCCGUUGGAAAUGAGAAAUCACAUUAACACAAACACUUGAUGAAAGAAAGUAUUCAAGCUUUGCCCCGGAGGAGAAUGAGUUGAAAAUGGGAAGCCUGAUCUAUUAACAAGUUUUUUUCAAGGUCAUAGUUAGCUUCAGUAGUUUAAUUUGCAGUUCAUAGUAACUAAUGGUAAUCAAACCCAUUAUAAAGUGUCCCAUUAAGGAUACAUUUGUGAUUUGGUAGACAAUCACACUAUGAACACUUAUUAAAAGAAAAAGAUAACACACUUUUUCUCCGUAGAACUUGAUACCUCAUAAAAUAUCAUAGUAUGAACACUCAUCAAGAUGAAUGAUAUUUAUUGGUAAAUGGUCAAAUGAGAAAAUACAACUUAAUGCAUUACAAAACUAAA